AUGGCCACAGACUACUCCAAACAGAUCAAUAACCUUUGUCACUCAACAGAGACUCAGGAGAAAGGGGAGGUAUCAACCUGCACCUCCUUGACCUUCCAAACAGGAAAACUGAAAGCACUGGAUAAGUCAAAGGACAUCCCUACUGUGCUGACAACACUGUCCAGGAGGGAAAAGCCCCAGUGCAGCAUGAAUGUUAUCAUCCCCCACCUACUGUCUGUAGCGCUGGUGGGUGAAGUGCAGGGAGCCCAGCAACAUGCCAAACAAUAUAGUAUCUUUGAAAUGGCUGCUCAGCAAGACAGAGGGAGAGCAGAUGAUGCUAUUUUCCUUGCAGACAUGUUCCUUGCUCAAACCAAAGCAAAGGAAGCGAAGGACAAAUCAACAUCUGCUAAAGUUGUUUCUGUGGUUGGCAGUGAGGACGCUACACCUUUUGAGUCAUCUGAGGAGGUUCCCACAGUUACCCAAUCAAACUGCUCUCAACACUUAUUCGACAUUGAGAUGCAGAAACUGCAGGAUAUUCUGACCUCAGCAGAUGUUAAAGGCACCAACAAGUCCCCUUCAACAUCCACAUCAUGGUGCUUGCGCCAAUCUGUAGCCCAAGAUGAGUGGCGGAAAGCAAGGUCCUAUCACAUCAACUGCUUGCUGUCCUGCAAUGUGGCUCCAGAAAAGAAUUGCAGCCACUGCACAUCUCCUGCCGUCAUUCGCUGCAGAGACUGCAUGCCCCAAGAGUGGCUGUGCAUGGAUUGUGACACACACAUACACAAAAAACUCACCCUCCAUAACAGGGAGUCCUGCAUUGAGGGAAUUUACAAGCCCAUUGAGCCAACAGUGUGCUGUGUAAAAAAAGAUGGCAAAUAUACACUGGUCAAUCAAGUAUGUUUAUUACCUACAGUGAGACCUGUCCAGUUAUGCACUUGCGACCCUUCAAACUUCACAGAAUCAGCUGGCAGAGCAAUCAUUUUGGUUUGCAUAAAUGGUCGGUAUGACUUGCACUUGCCAAACUUGCUGUGCAGAUUAUGUCUGGCUCAUUGGACACCUGACAUGAGCGACCUAAUAAGAAGUGGGUACUGGCCAGCAUCUGUGAAUGCUGACACGCUGUUUUCAGUCGAUGUCUUCAGCACAUUUGAAGAAAUGAAAACUGUUGCACCAGGAUUAUCAAGACAAGGUUUUUUGCGGAUGUUGGAGAGGAGGACUUGUCUCUUUGGAAGGGCUGGGAAAAUACAUGGAGACGUAUUUCAAAGAAGCUUCAUGGAAUACACAUUCUGCCAGUACCAGUGUGAAGAAAUGGCCAGUGUAGAGCACUUCACCUGCCCGGCAUGUACACCCAACAUGCUCGCUCUUUGUGCAGAUGGCAACAGAAAAGUGUACCGAUUUCGGCAGUCAAAAGGGUCAGAGGAACCCUAUUUUGAUGGCACCUUCAUUGCCAAGGACACUGAUGUACACCAUUUUGUUGAUGAGAUCAGGAGUAAAAUGAAAAGUACUGCCGGCAAAGGGAUCUGUGGAGCCAGUCAGUGGUCUGCUGCACGUGAAACAGCCAGAAAAGCAAGCAGACUGGAUGAAGAGGGCCUUGAGGUGGUUGUUUGCAGACACGGAGUGCUACUCAAGGCUCUUAACAUGUACAGGGGAAAUAUUUGCUUAUCCGCUGUACCUGCAGAAGGAGCUCCAAGCAGCCACAAACGGGCAGUUCUAUUGCACAGAUAUUGCUUGCAAGUAUUGGCCUUAUCUUGAGAAGUUGGCAGUCUCCAUGUUGGAACUCAGACCUUUACUGCAGAUGAGACCAUUCCUUUCUGUCAUGCAUGCCAAGGCUCAUUCAACCAAGUGUGAGAUAAUCUGGAGUGGCAAAAAUCAGGAAGGUGCUGGCACAACUGCAGGG